AUGGAGUCAGUCGCUGGACGCCUCCUUUUUCUCUUGAUGCUUGCAUCCUUGCACGUUGCUGCAGAACCGUCUCAAGAGGGAGUUCCUAUCAUCCCUGGAAAUGACGACGUUGUCGCCGCUCAUGAGGAAUGUCCGGGCAGCUACUAUAUCGCCAGCGGAAUGUGCAAAAAGGAGAUUAGCAGGAAGCCGUUGCAGGUCUGCCCGCCGCGCUCGACGUUCAAGGACGGCGCUUGCGUGUCAGAGCAUGAAGUGAAGGGUAUUUAUGUUUGCAGUGAGGGGGAGAAAGUGGUGGGCGACAAGUGCGAAGGAGAGGAGUCUAUCAAGGGUCUAGCCACAUGCCCGAAAGACUUCACGUUUACAGGAACAGCGUGCAUCCGAUCUCAAGAAAGUCGAGCGCAGCCUGUUUGCGAGAGCGGCUACAAAUACCGCGAGAGCUCGGGCGUGUGCAUCCGUGACGUGAAAGAGAAAGCACAACACGUGUGUCCUCCAGAGGCGAAGCAGCACGGUGACAAGUGCUUUCUGGUGGAAGUAAGUCAACCGCGAGUGGGCUGCUCGAAGGGAUACAAAAUUGAAAAUGGAAUGUGUUUCAAAGUGGAUACAGUGCGCGUGGAGCAUAAAUGCCCACACGGAUACAAAAUGGAGAACGGCAUCUGUAAAAAUUCAGUAAAAUUGCAGCCAAAUGCCGUGUGCCCGCCCGGGUUCGACUUUAAUGGAAAGGACUGCGUAACAACAAAUUUGGCGGAGCCCACGCUCAAAUGUGAGCCCGGCUACGACUUGGACGUCUAUACCGGCGGUGAUGUGUAUUGUGUGAAACGCCUAGAAAAGGCUCCUAAGCUAGAGUGCCCACAGAAAUACGAACUAAAAAACCAAGUAUGUGUAAAACAAGAGUAUGCGAAACCGCGCAGCGAGUGUCCGUCUGGAAGUGUCGAAUACGGGCGCGUUUGCGAAGCGGUUCACACCGCAGAUGCGACUCUUGUCUGUCCCGCCGACUACUCCGUGUAUAACGGACAAUGCGUGAAGAAGGUUGCUGGCCGCGUGCAUCAGGAGUGCGACCAAGGUUUCAAGCUACGCGAUGGAGGCACCUGUGUGAAGGACACGGUCCAGAAAGCCACCUUGCGUUGCUCUGAGGGACUCGAACUCUACAAAGAUGACAUCUGCAUGUCCCAGGACACGAUUAGGCCCGAGUUCGCUUGUGAAGCAGGGGAACUAACGCCUCAAGGCACCUGCGUGCGGGUAUUUAUGGCAGAUACUAUUUUUACAUGUCCCAGGGGCUUCCGUACGAACAAGCACGGCGAAUGCGUCCGCAAAGUUCUUCAUGCUGCUGCAGUCACAUGUCCAGGAGACGCCAAACUGAGAGGCGGUAGCUGCAUUCUUCUCGAAGAACAGCCUCCAGUUGAGACUUGCGAAGAGGGGUACGUACAUGAUGGUCAAGGGAGCUGCAUUAAAUAUGACGUGCGGCCUCCAAAACGUUCCUGCCCGGGAAAAUACAGGUUAUUCAACACGCUAUGCGUACGCAGAGCUCUCAGGGUUUAA